AUGGAUGAUCAUAUUGCCAUAGCGGAGAAAUUGAUAAAGAAAGCAAACAAGAAGUUGGAUGGUUGGGGACUUAUCGGUUCCAAACACAAAGAUGUUGCCAAACUCUUGGAUCAAGCUGCCAACUCUUACAAACUCGCCAAAUCCAAGUAUAAAGCUAGAGAAACAUAUAUCAAUUUGGCAAUACAUCAUUUGAAGACCAAAACCAAACUUGAAGCCGCUGCCACAGCUUUUGUUGAUGCUGCACAUUGCUACGAUAUAACAUCUGUUGAUGAGGCCAUUGAUUGUCUAGAGCAAGGAGCUGCAACAUAUUAUCAGAAAGCGGCACAACUAUAUUAUAAGGAAAUUGUGGAGCGACAUGAAUCCGAAAAGAACAUUGAGAAGGCUAUGCAUUUCUUCGAAAAGGCAGCCGAGCUAUUCCAAAACAAAGAACUAACAGUCUCUGCCAACCAGUGUUAUCAAAAAGCUGCUCAGCUUGCUGCACAGAUUGAGCAAUAUUCCAUGGCCAUCGAAAUUUUCAAAAAAAUUGCUACUCGUUCGCUCAGCCACAGCUUGCUCAUGGACGAAGCUCAGAGGCAUCUCUUCAACGCUGGAAUAUGCCGGCUCUGCCAAGGAGAUGAUGUUGUUGCAAUGGACAUGUCAGUUAUGCGAUACGUGGACAUGUACCCAAUUUUCCUGAUACAUGGGAGACUGGGAGUGCAAAUUCUUGACCUACAUUAA